AUGUUCGGAGGAUAUCAAGAUAUCUACACCUCCAACAUCCCGAAUGAUUUCUUUGAGCGUGCGAAAAGCAUGGGCAACGUGCUCAAAAAAUACGCCACCGGUUUGCUCGACCGCGUGAAUGCCGAGUACGAAGCACCCGUCCAGGCCAAGGUCGCGGAGUUUCGUGAGUCGCUCGACCGCCUCGCCGAGGGCACCACGCGCCUCCACGACUUGGGUAUGAGUGACUUUGGGGAGGAGCUCGCGCGCGUCCUCGCGACCAUUGCGCAACAGAUCCAGGACGAGUUCCCGCCACCUGACAAAGCCCCGAGCCACGAGCGUCGCGUGGAGAUGGUAGACGACGUUUUGCAGCGGGUCGAGGAGGUUCUCGUGCACGUUGCAGAGGCGUACGGGCUGCCUGCCGAGCGCAUCCGCGAAGACCUGCACGAUCGGAUCCUUCCGCACGUUAAGCGCCUGGUCGUUAUCACUGGUGAUCUCGCGGAGCAGCAUCCUGUAUUGCUCGAGACACUGCUCUUCGCCGCCGUGGGCGCGCUCAUCCCGGAGAGCUGGUUCCUGCGCCCGCUCUUGAACCUCUUCGGGUUCGGGCCCUACGGCCCUGUCAAAGGGUCGGCGGCGGCAUGGGCGCAGCGACGCUUCUACGGCGCUACGGUUGCUUCUCGCAGCUGGUUUGCGCACCUGCAGUCUGCAGCGAUGAGGCCGCGGCUGCCGCCUGGCACGGGCGCGGCCAUCGGGGGCGCGGUCGGCGCGGGGCUGAGCCUGUUUGGGUGCCGUGCUCGCGCACGAUGA